AUGCGCACGUGGCAAUCCGUUCCAGUCUGCGUUUCGCUCGCACAGGCGAGUUCGCGCGCUGGCUCGCCGCUGUUCACGCCAAGCCUCCCCAGAGGGGAGCGCAAGAUGGAAAGCCCAGAACGACAGAAUUCUGGCCAUCUACAGUUCUUCGACGCUCACUGCCAUCUGCAGGAUCCUCGUAUUGUUGAAGAGGUGUCAGCAGUGAUUGAGGAGGCACAGUCUGUUGGCGUUGAUGGAUUCAGUGUGAAUGGCACAAGCGAAGCUGACUGGGACAAGGUUGCUCAACUGGAGGCCCGAUUUCCAGAUCUUGUGGUGCCAAACUAUGGAUUACACCCAUGGUAA